AUGCGAUUCACACGCGCAUAUUCGAGCCUCAGCGGCGCCAUUCCGCCCGCCAAGGCCAAGUACGUGCCCUCGACCGGCACCUACCCCAGGGGCUUCCAGGCCUCGGGCGUCUAUGUCGGCGUCAAGCCCGGCAACACGAGCAAGCCCGACCUGGCCCUCGUCACCUCGGACAGGCCAGCCGCUGCCGCCGCCGUCUUCACCAAGAACAAGUUCCAGGCCGCCCCCGUCAGCUUCAGCCGCAAGCUGCUCCAGACAAAGGGCAAUGCCGGCCUGCGCAGCGUCAUUGUCAACUCGGGCAAUGCCAACGCCGUCACCGGCAUCGGAGGCCUGGAGGACGCGGCUAGUAUGGCGCAGACGACGGAUCAGCGCGUAGGAGCCGAGGACUCGACCAUUGUCAUGAGUACUGGCGUCAUCGGGCAGAGGCUUCCCAUUCAAAAAAUUAUAGACCAUAUUCCCGUCGCCUGUCACCAGGCUGGCGACUCCCACAAGCACUGGCUCAGUUGUGCCAAGGCCAUCUGCACGACAGACACGUUUCCCAAGCUCCUGUCCCGCACUUUUAAGCUUCCCUCUUCUCCUGGGAUUGAGUACCGCAUCGCUGGCAUGACCAAGGGAGCCGGCAUGCUGGCCCCCAACAUGGCCACGCUGCUGACCAUUCUCGCCACCGACGCCCCCGUUGCGCCCGCCAUCAUGACUCCUCUACUGCGCCACGCCGUCGACCGCUCUUUCAACUCCAUCACCGUCGAUGGUGACACGUCGACAAACGACACCGUGGCUCUGCUCGCGAAUGGUGCCGCGGGUGGCGCCGAGGUGGCCUCGGAGCAGUCGGCCGACUACGAUGCCUUCCGCACUGUGCUGACCGACUUCUCCGCUGACCUUGCAAAGUAUAUUGUGCGCGACGGCGAGGGCGCGACGAAGUUUGUCACGAUUCGCGUGGUUGAUGCCGCCACCGAGGAUGGCGCACGCCAGGUUGCCCGCUCUAUUGCCCUCUCGCCUCUUGUCAAGACAGCCCUCUACGGCAAAGACGCCAACUGGGGCCGCAUCCUGUGCGCGGCCGGCUACGCCCUGAUCACGCCCCCCACACAUGCGCCAAAGGAAGCCGAAGACAUUUCCCCAGAGAAGACGAAUGUCUCGUUUAUUCCUACGGAUGGAUCAGCGGAGCUCAAAUUACUCGUGAAUGGCGAGCCUGAGCAGGUUGACGAGGCCCGUGCCAGUGAGAUUCUGGAAAUGGAGGACUUGGAGAUUCUUGUCCGACUAGGAACAGGCGACAAGAGCACAACGCACUGGACCUGUGACUUUAGCCACGACUAUGUCACCAUCAAUGGCGAUUACCGCACGUAA